AUGGAAGAAGAGGGUAACUUGAAGGGUGAAGAGGCAUUUAGGAAAACGAGAGUGCCAAAAUGGAGAAAACAGAUAACAUUGAGAUCAAUGGUGACAAGCUUUGUGAUAAGUGUAAUUUUCAACUUCAUUGUGUGCAAACUCAACUUCACCACAGGAAUCGUACCAUCCCUCAACGUAGCUGCAGGUUUGUUGGGGUUCGCAGUGAUCAAGUCCUACACUGCACUGCUCAACAAGUGUGGCCUUCUCAGACAACCCUUCACUCGCCAAGAGAACACUGUUAUCCAAACUUGCGUUGUAGCAUCCUCUGGAAUCGCAUUCAGUAGUGGCACUGGAAGUUAUCUACUUGGGAUGAGCCCAUAUAUUGCUUCUCAAGUUAAUGGGGGGAACACGCCAAUCAAUAGAAAGGAACUGUCCCUUGGUUGGAUGUUUGGUUUUCUCUUUGUGGUUAGCUUUGUGGGCCUUUUCUCUAUCGUACCUCUAAGAAAGCUGAUGAUUUUGAAGUACAAUCUAACAUAUCCGAGUGGAACUGCCACAGCUCUUCUAGUCAAUAGCUUACACACACCUAAAGGAGCAAAGUUAGCAAAGAAACAAGUUUCUUUGCUCUUCAAAAGCUUUUGUGGCAGCUUUGCUUUCGCUUUUUUCCAGUGGUUUUUCACUGCAGGAGAUAGUUGCGGAUUCAGCAGUUUUCCCACAUUUGGUCUCCAACCCUACAAUAGAAAGUUCUACUUUGAUUUCUCAUCUACCUAUGUCGGAGUUGGAAUGAUCUGCCCUUACCUGGUAAAUGCAUCUUUGCUUCUUGGAGCUAUAAUCUCAUGGGGUAUUCUAUGGCCCUGGAUUGAGCACAAGAAAGGAAUCUGGUAUAGUGCAGAUCUACCUGCCAGCAGUCUAAGUGGCAUCCAAGGAUAUAGGGUCUUCACAGCAAUUGCUAUGAUGCUUGGUGAUGGUCUUUACCAUUGCAUCAUCAUGCUAAUACGAACCAAGUUUAGGAUAUAUAGGUUUGUUCCAAAUCCUAUGUGCUUGGCCAUCCCAUUCUACCUUGGUGGGUACUUUGCUAUUGACAUGUGCAUUGGGAGCAUGAUUCUGUUUUGGUGGGAGAAAAAGAACAAGCAGAAAGCAAAGGAUUAUGCUCCUGCCUUGGCUUCUGGACUAAUCUGUGGUGAUUCUUUGUGGUGUGUUCCAGCUGCUAUACUUUCUCUUGCAGGAACUAAGCCACCAAUUUGCAUGAAAUUCUUAUCUAGCGCUGUGAAUAAGAAGGUUGACACCUUCUUGAGUGGUGCUCAAUAA